UACUCACUGUUGCAGACGGUGGUCGAUGUCUGCCACAAGAAGAGGCAGUGCAAGUUUAAUACCAGCCCGAAGAUAGCUUUCCAAGGCGAUCCGUGCCCUGGACUGCCGAAGUACAUCGAAGUGGCUUACCAGUGCCGUCCAUACGAGUUCAGAAGUAAAGUUGCCUGCGAGAAUGAUGUCAUCAAUCUUGUAUGCUACCCUGGACAAAGGGUAGCCAUUUUCAGUGCAUCGUUCGGCAGAACAGAAUACGAAUCGCUUCAAUGUCCGCAACCUCACGAUGUAAAGGAAGAAACGUGUAUGGCGUCGUACGCGACGGAGACCGUGAUGAAUCUGUGCCAUGGGAAACGACGUUGCUCGGUGGUGGCAAACAGUUCAACGUUCGGUGAACCCUGCAGCCCGGAAAGCAGAACUUAUCUGAAAGUUGUCUACACGUGCGGUGAGUCUAAUUAACUUUACGAAUGCGUUGACUCAAUUACAUUUGGCUUUCGAACUUAAUCAUUUAAAAUAUAUCGAAUUCGUAUGAUUUGACUGCUUCAAAGGCUUUUAAA